AUAGUUACAUUCAACUAAGAUAAGUAAGUGCAGUAAUGCAUGACAUUGCUAUUGGUUAAUGAUAUUUGCAAUUUUAGUAUUUGUUUUUGUAUUAACUCAGCACAUAGGCAAUAUCAACAUUUCCAUGCAUGUUGAUUUGAUAUACACCGCCUAUAACCAAAUACCUAAGCUUUUAAUUUAAUAUUUUCAAUUAUACAUUCAACAACCCUUUUGUUAAAUAUGGAAGUAGCAAGGCGUAACAACGGCUUCCGCAAGGUUGCCAAGUGGAUUGCUGGUGCCCUUGUUGUGGCAGGUGCUGCCACUGGAGGUGUUGAUGGAGGAUUGUUAUCUUUCGUUAAGAAUGCUGUGUUGGGAAAUAAGGAAGCAACAACAUUUGAUCCUGAUCACAUCGGAUUUGUCAGUUCUACUGGGAAAACAUACACGAAUGAAGACAUUGCAAAGUUAGUCGACCCAACUUUUGUCUACGAUCAAUAUGUUGAAUCGAUUGAAAAUGACUCAGCUAUGGAUGAGGAAUUCCAGCGUAGAAUGGACGCCAAGAGGUACUCUAUGUGGUUGAUUGAUGAAAUUGUCCAAAGACUUCCUGAGGAUCUUGCGAAUGAAGCCGCACCUUAUGUUUCAUUUGACAGCAUGCCGGAGGAUUUGGCUGCAAGAGUUAACCAACAGGUGUACGAUGCUGUUCUCCCAUAUUUAUCUGACGAAUUGGUUGUAGAAGUUAGUAAAUAUGACUCUGUAGACAAAAUCCCCAAGGAGACAGUUUACGAUGUUGCUGCUUUCAUGGCAAGUCAACAGUUCCAGGAAGUUUUCGGUGAUAUAAUUCCCAAGGAGUUCGCUGAGAAGGCUCUGAAAUUUUUAUCAAAGUACAAGUUCCUAACCAAAAUUGGUAAAAAGUUGGUUGCAAUGUACGAGGGCAUGAACAAAUCCAAACGAAUGGCAGAUGAUUGAUUUGGGGGUAUUUUACACCAUUUAAAUCGUUUUUUAUUCUUCCGGUCAUAUGUUUGGGUUGCAACACUGUCACAGCACUAAGGGUGGUAUUUGAAACAAAAUCUAGUUUCAUACAUGCAGAGUAACGUAAUGGUGGGAAAGGUUGACUAAUAGGCAUCAUUACUCUUAUCCUAGAUUGCAAACGCAAACCAGCAUAGGACUGUAUUGAUUGUUCUUCUGCACCUUACCUAUGAUGAGGACUUGGUAAGGGUAGAUGAACCUUGGUGGACAUCAACUGCACAUAUGAAUGCUGCUUCUCAUGUAGCUUUGGUUUCCAUGUCAUUAUUGUUGCAUAAUUGCGAUAAUGCGCAGAAGAUUUUGAUUUAUGCGGGUUUUAUUCAGAAAUAGAUAAUGCAGUCCAUUGAUGAUGUGGGAUUAGAUGUGUAGCCAGUAACCUUUGCUUGCUGCGUUCGUUAGUUUAUACAAGCUCAGAAACGUGCUUGUUUAAACAGCAGAAGUAUAUAUACACGUAUAUUACCACUUAUUAGAACUCUGUUCCACCAAUGCGAAGUGGCUGCCAUUUGUACAAGGGGGCAUAAAGGAAGGUCCUUCUCUAAAAU